AUGAUACUAACUGGGUUUUUACCUGAAUCAAAUAUAAUACAGACAAGUAAUACGAUGGAUAGAACAGUAAUUGUUGAUGAACUUACAAAAUUAUCAACAACAUCAUCUCAAGCAAUGUCCAUUAAUGAUAAUUCUAGUUCGAUCACUCCGAUUAAAAUUCCACUUGUGUCAUUCGAACCAAUUUUGGCUACAUCACCAAAGUAUAUUCUUGUUAAUGAAUUUACAAAAAAAAGAAACCAACUUAUACUUGUUGAUGAUCAUCUUCAAAAAUUUAUUAUACGUUCUUCAAUAAAAACAACUGUACUUGAUGCAUUAUGGUAUGAUAAUCAACAACAAUUUCUUCUUCUUACAUCAACAAAUAUUUUUUCAUUUGAUCCGAAUACAAAAAAAAUUCAAACAUUAAAUGAUAUAAUACCAAUGGAAAAUAAAACAUUUAAAUGUUUUACAUUAUUAAAUCAAUCUACAUUACUAAUUGCAUAUAAUGAAUGGGGUGCAGAAUAUAUUGAUAGAUGGCAACAAAAUAAUGAAGAUGGUCUUUGGAAACUUAUUGAAAGACAACCAUUAAAAUUAACUUCAAAUGAAUUUAUUGGAAGUAUAUUAACAAUCAUAGAAAAUGAUUGUUUAAAUCUUGCAAUUAUUAUUUAUAAUAUUCUCACUGAACAAUGGCGAAUAGAAAUUUGUCAUAUAGAAACAUUAAUAUGUAAUAAAGCAAUUUUACUUCCGGGAUCGAAUCUUAUGCAUGAUUAUAGAAUGAUAUCUAUAAGAAAUACUCAAUCGGAUAUAAAAUGGCUUGCAUUUUCAUCAAUAAACUCUAAUAUAAUAGCAAUAGAUUCUGAAUGGAAGAAAAUACAAUUAAAUUAUAAACAUCCUGUACAACGAAUGGCAGUAUUUAAAGACAAUUAUUUAAUUGUACGCACUACAGAAAGAGUUGACAUUCAUAUGUUUCUCUAG